GGCAACCGAGCCGGCUGAACAAAUAGCAGGUGUAGGCCACACCGAACAGAGUACCUACCAACCCCCGUGCGCUCUCUCGCCUCGCCUCGAGUCGGCUGGCCACUCUGCUUCCGUGCUUCGCUUGCUCGCUUGCCUUCCCCGUCUCGACUCCUCGCAUUCGCAGCGGCGUCAACGCGUCUUCCUUCCCGCGGUCUCUCUUCCUCCGCCUCUCAGAUCCGGCGGCCAUGGCGAGGAACCCGGGCUGCACCGUCUUCAUAGGUAACUUGGACGACAGGGUUCCUGAGAGGGUUCUGUACGAAAUUCUUAUUCAGGUAGGUCGUGUUGUAGACCUGCACAUACCUCGUGACAAGGAAACUAGCCGACCAAAAGGUUAUGCUUUUGCUGAGUAUGAAACAGAGGAGAUUGCCCAGUAUGCUGUUAAGCUAUUUUCUGGCCUUGUUCGACUUCAAAAUAAAACACUUAGAUUUGCGAUCUCUGGGCAAGAUAAACCAUCAUCAAAUGGCAAUAUCCCUGUAACUCCUAGGUUAAACUCUGUGCCACAGCCAAAGCAUCCUCAACAUAUGAGGUCUAGUGAUACUCCUUUGCCACAGCAUACAGCAACGAAUGGCAGGAGUACUGGGUAUGGUAUCUCACCAAAUCAUUCAUAUGACGCACACUCUCAAGCACCAUCAAGUGGGUUACCGAAUAGAGGACUAAGCAACGGUACGUAUGAAUAUAGUAGACGUGUAUUUGGUUCUGUCCUGAAUGAUGUUAGCCGUCAAGCUACCAGGGAAGCUAUUCCAUAUCCGUCCUACUAGCAUGUUGGGCUCCCGUCCUACUAGCAUGUUGGGCUCUGGUGACUGUGACUCAAUAUGCUGACAGAAAAGGUCUUUGAAGAUGUUGUCUGUUGUCUCAGCCACCUGUAAGGUUAUCUCUGUACUCACCAUUUCAUGCCUGUAAAUAUGGGUUAUGGUGGUAGGACAUAUGGGUUGUUCUGUUCUUUGCAUUGUAGUGAGACUUUUCGCUGAUGGUUAGGUCCCUCUCAUUCCCUAGUGUGAAGGCCAUGCCUCCACUAUUGGCUGCACUAGGAAUUACCAUGCCUAGUUACAUGAAUGGGUGGCAAUAUGCUCGCAAUUGUGUUUUAACAUUAAGUGCCAUUAGCUGUUUUAAUGUUAUAGCAGGGUGUGUUUGUGUUUGAGAUAUUAGUAUUUGGUGGAUUGUGCCUUUCAUCCUGAUCUGGGACAUCUGAAGGAGAAACAUCGUUUUAAAAGAAAAUUGUGAAAUCAGUCCCACAAUUUAUGAUGUUUGAUUAUAUGAUUAUUUGGUUAUA